GAGGACCUGGACGAGACGCUGCUGGUGUUCGACACCAAGCUGCGCCACAUGCGCUCCGACCUGGCGGCCAUCGAGGGCAGCAACAACCGGCUGGAGCUGCAGAGCAGGAACAACGGCAGGCUCAUGGACACACUGCAGGACCUGCUGUCGGAGUUGCGGCUGCCUGCUGACGUGGAGGCGCUGCUGGAGGCGCCGCCGUUCGGGAGGGACAGCAAGCUGGACUCCAUCACGCGGGCCGCCUGGCAGCUGCACGGCAGGCUGCGGCGGCUGGACCCGGGGGCUCCGGGCUGCCUGUCGCUGUACCUGCUGCAGAUGAGGG